AGGACGGCCUGCUUCAUUCCACUCCACCCGCCACUGCCACACUAGAAACCCGAUUAAUACUUUGAUUAAUUCAAUUAAACUACCAAACUAUGCAAUUAACAGUAGGUUAUGGUGGCAAGCAAGAUCCGUGCCACGUGAUGAUCCUUUUUAUUUUGGUAUUUUCUUUGUUUGGGUUUAGCGAUAUAAAGACCAGAAACAUCUUCAUCGCAAUCACCACAUUCGUCAUCCGAUCCACAAACCCAAACCGUCUUCUUCUUCUUCUACUCUGGUCCCUGUUUCCCAGUUUUAUUCUUGGGUGCGGAUAGGCGGUUUGGCGCGUACAUUCGGGGCGAUUUCUUCCCCCAUUCCUACCUUCCGUUAUUACUUAUUAUUAUAUUAAAUUCCAUUACAAGAAGGCAUACCGUUCUUUCCUAAUCUCGGUCCUCAGCCGCCGGAAAUCGGAUUGUCUCCCUUUUUGUCUUCCGUAUCUGACUCUUCCUCCCCUUUUUAGCUCUGUAACGCUUUGCUUUCUCUUUCACGAUCAAUUGGAAACCAGAGCCCAAGGCGUUGAUGGCUUCUCCCGUUCAUUUCCUCCGUUCCCCGUUGGCUCCCUCGCCUUCACUAGGCUACCCAGGUAAGAGUUCCUUGCAUCCGCUGGCAGUGAAUGGGAGCUGUAACAAUGUGCUCUCCUCCACCGCUGCUGCUAGAAAACUGUUUGCUGCUGGUUUCAAGGGGUUGGGCAGAAGCAGCAGAAAUGGUAUGACUAGUAGAGCCUCUGUGAUUUCUGGGGAAGAUAAUGUGACGAACUCGCUUUCUGGGAUUGAGUUGCAACCUGAUGUGGUAGAUUUCGCAACUCUCUCUGCGGAGAUGACUCCCACCGGGACUAGUUUUUCCCCUGAUAAUGAUGAAUAUGACUUGGAUCGUCCUACUGAAGGGUUUAGUUCCAUCCCUGAUGCUAUUGAAGAUAUCCGCCAGGGCAAGUUUGUGAUCGUGGUUGAUGAUGAAGAUAGAGAGAAUGAAGGUGAUCUAAUCAUGGCAGCUUCUAAGGCAACACCUGAAGCAAUGGCGUUCAUUGUCAAGCAUGGAACUGGGAUAGUCUGUGUGAGCAUGAAACAUGAAGAUUUAGAGAGGCUGCAACUGCCUCUGAUGGUAUCGACUAAGGAAAAUGAGGAAAAGCUUUGCACAGCUUUUACAGUGUCAGUUGAUGCAAAAGUUGGCACAACGACUGGUGUUUCCGCUCGUGACAGGGCAACAACUAUAUUGGCUCUUGCGUCUAAGGACUCCAAGCCAGAAGAUUUCAAUCGCCCGGGUCAUAUAUUCCCUCUCAAGUAUAGAGAGGGAGGAGUUUUGAAGAGAGCUGGUCACACAGAAGCUUCUGCUGAUCUGUCGAUGCUUGCUGGUCUGGAACCUGUUGCAGUUUUGUGCGAGAUUGUUGAUGACGAUGGCUCCAUGGCUAGACUGCCCAGACUGCGAGAGUUUGCAAAAGCAGAGAAUCUAAAGAUAGUCUCUAUAGCGGAUCUUAUCAGGUACCACAGUUGUGCUUGUUUCAUCAACGUUUAUAUGAAUCCAAGAAAAAUUCUGGUUUGUGCCCGCAGAUUCAGGAGGAAAAGGGACAGACUAGUGGAGCUGUCUGCUGCUGCUCGGAUACCUACAAUGUGGGGGCCUUUCAAAUCCUAUUGCUACAGGUCGUUGAUUGACGGGAUUGAGCACAUUGCCAUGGUUAAAGGCGAAAUCGGAGAGGGAAAUGAUAUACUUGUUCGAGUGCACUCUGAGUGUCUGACUGGCGACAUAUUUGGUUCUGCAAGAUGUGAUUGCGGCAAUCAGCUAGCACUUGCUAUGAAGCAGAUUGAAGCAGCCGGUAGGGGUGUUCUGGUUUAUCUCCGUGGACAUGAAGGUAGAGGGAUUGGUUUAGGCCAUAAGCUUCGUGCUUACAACCUCCAAGAUGAUGGCCGUGAUACUGUAGAAGCCAAUGAAGAGCUCGGUUUACCAGUGGAUUCCCGUGAAUAUGGCAUUGGUGCACAGAUACUCCGAGAUCUUGGUGUUCGCACGAUGAAGCUGAUGACGAACAAUCCCAAAAAAUACAUUGGCCUCAAAGGAUACGGUCUCUCUGUUGCUGGAAGAGUUCCAUUGAUUACUCCAAUCACAGCAGAGAAUCGGAGAUACCUGGAAACCAAGAAACAAAAGAUGGGCCACGUCUAUGGUCCUGAUAAGUGAUAAUGGCCAUUCCAACGGAACCCCUGAAGAUGGUUUAUUGGAGGCAUAGAUCAUCUGUCCCUCAAAGGAUACACCAAGGGGAACUUGCUUGUUUUCUUCAUUGACUGGAGUCUUACAUUCUUUGAACGAAAUACAUCUCCUGCUUAAAAAGCGUUCACUUGGUUUCUAGAACUGUAAAUAUUUUGCCAGUUGAGUGUUCUAAUGUUUUCUCUUGAGAGGCUAUAUUUAUCUUCUAGUUGUAUCGUUUGCUGAGCAUUUUGCGUUCCUUUAUAUCAGCUAUGGCUGAAAAAGAGUAAUAAAUCCACGUUUGUUUGCUUCCAAUUCAUAUAUUAUUGUUCAGUGCCAUCCUUCGGCUUUCCUCCAUUGCUGUUGUUAGUACCUCUAUUGGCUUCCUUCAGAAUGAGUUUCAAUAGGCUCCCGUAAACUUCAAUUGCAGACUCCAGCAUGUUAAUUGCCUUGCCUCUAUCUUCCAUUAC